CUUUUCUUUUUUGUCAAAUUUUUCACGCCAAUGAGAAUUGACAAGGUUAGACCAGGUCAGGUUAGAAGUUUGAAAGAUCGUCAUUCUACAGACGGGCACGAUGAGAAACGUCGUCGACGACAGUCAUCGCUUUUAGGGAAGUGGGCGAAGAAAUUGACCAGAUUUUUUUUGCCCUGUGAAGCACGCCUGUUGUUACUAAGCGUUAACUUUACAUAUGUAUGUUACGUCGCACUAAUGACAUACUUCACGUAUAUUGUCACGCUUUCUCAAAGGUUUCAAUAUCAUAUAAAAUAACAUAUGGACAGUAUAGUGACUGAACUUCGAUACGUACAUGUGUAUAUGUACAUAUAUGUACGUAUUUUGUUACUAUGUAUCACAGUUUUGAUAACAUGUGUAAGAAAAUUAUAGUCAAACAGAGUUAAAGUGGACACAUCGAAUCGCUACACCUUAGCCCGAAGGGUGAUUUGACGAGAAGUUACACGGCACAUAUGUUCGCCACUGUGGAAGAAAAUCAGCGUCACUCGCUGCGAAAAGCGUAGCUUCCCUGUUACACGUAAAGUAGAGAAAAAAUCGGCUUCGAUUUCGGCUUCCGUUUGAUUAUCACACGUUCGAGAACGACUAUGAUAAAUGAGUACCUUAAAAGAUCAAGAUCCCGAUUACGGGCCGUCCGACGCAAGUGAUGAGAAACAUCAACGAAUUUUCGAAGAAAAUGCACGAAGCAGCACAGCGAGAAAGAUAACCGCCAUCAUCGAAAAGGAAUUUUGUCAGGAGAUCAAUGCAAAGGAGAAAGAGGUUCUGGAGAUACAAGAAAGAUUGCACAGGGCAUCAAAGAUCAUUCAUCUGUUACGUUACGUUAUCGUUGCUGACUUUUACAAUCGCAAACAAUGCCACAAUUCACAGAAUGGAGAGCCAAAGCAAACGCAAAUUCAUCCUGCAAUAAAACAACUGAUCGGCAAAUCACCCAAGUUAACCGACAGUUCAACUGCAUCUGCGUCCAACAGUGAUCUCGCCGCGUCACAAUCAGUCUCAACGUCCUCGUCUAGCAUCAUUGAUGGUAGAACGAAACAAAUUUCCAAGCAGUGUCGAUUAGAGAAAAGGGACAAUGAGGCACACGAUGAAGACUCACGGCCAAAAAAGAUCCCUCGUUACAUCCCGCCAAAAAGUGGAAUACCCGAAUCCCAAUGUCCGUCGAGAGGCACCAGACACAAAACGAGGAAACGCAUAAUCAUUGGAAACAUCUCGAAGUGGAUCCCUCCGGAGUGGAGGGAAGACGCAGCUAGUCACAAAUGGACAAUGUACGUCAGAGGGGACAAAGAGAAUCCUGAUAUUAGCGGUUUUGUCAGCAAGGUCAGAUUCUUUUUACACCCGAGUUACAGGCCCAACGACGUUGUCGAGGUUACGUCAGCACCGUUCUGCCUCUCGAGACGAGGUUGGGGUGAAUUCCCGUUGAGAGUGCAACUGCACUUUAAAAGCGCUCUCAACAAACCAAUGGACAUAAUACAUCAUCUGAAACUGGAUCGCACUUAUACCGGCUUGCAAACUUUAGGAUCUGAGACACUUGUCGAUAUAUGGAUCUACGUGGAUUCUCGAAAUUCCAGGCGAAACGCGGGGAGAGCUGCGAGUCAAGAUAUCAACGAGAGCGACCGUGAUUGCAAGGUAAAGCUAGAAAACUACGAAGAUCCGAAUCUUCUGUCUGAUUUCACGAGUAAUGUAAGCUUGAACGAAAUGUCAAGAUUAGGACAAGACAAGAACGGUGAGGUGACAGUCAAGAAGGAAUUUUCGGAGGAUGUGGAAAUUGAAGAUUUAAUAAACGCGAAGAAACUGCUGUUCUGUAUAGAACUUGAUCACGAUUACUGUGGCUCCAAGUAUUUAAAUGACUCCGACAGAAAUUUAACUAUCGAUCACACGUCGGUAACAUCAUGGCAUAAAGAAGAUACAGAAGAGCAUCCUGAAACUAACAACGUAGUAACAAAUGAAUCUUUAAUCAACGGAUGUUUGACGAAUGUAAAAGUAAAGGAGGAACUGGUAGACACUGACAUACCUUUAUCAAACGAAGUUGAUCUGAAUCCAUCGAAAGUAGUUCCUCUAAGUUGUUCCAGGAUCCAUCCGAAUUUCCGCCCAUUGGAAAUUUCUAUCCCUCCGUUAUUUGAACCAUCUGGAAACAAACAUGUUUUAGUCAUCCAAAACAAUAAAACGAUACCUGUUGACAUUGCAGGUGCGGAUUAUGCUCGUUGUAACGACCCAACAAAGUCGAAGACAAAUAUAGCCGCGUCUCGCGGUGUUAGUUUGUUGAAAAAGCCCGCAGCCGCAGAAGCCAAAGUCCAAGUGAGAAAUCUCAACGGAGCAAAGAUGCAACAAGGAGCGAAGCUUCAAAUUCCCAAGGGUGUUCUCCUAAAUGUAAAUUCCAACGUGCCGGUGCUGAAAAUAGCUGAGAAGAGAAACUUGUCAAACGAGGUUUGUAUUUCCAGUAUUGAGAAAGAAUCAGUCACCGAGCAAACGUUGAAAGCGAACAAUCAAGAGUUGAAAGAGUGCAAGUCGUCGCGUCAGAAGAUCACCUUAGGCAAAGACAACUACAAGCUUCAGAGUAAAAAGGAGCUGUACGAUCAAGUUUUCCAGGCAAUCGAGGUUGCAAAUAUUCGAAAUGUUCAGGGCCUGCUGCGAUUCAUUAUCAGAAGAAUGCCAAUGAUAACUUGGGACGCAUUUGACACCGAUUACAGACGUCUCCAUCCUUAUGCCUGCGUGAGCAAGGAGGAAUAUUUUAGCUACAGUGUAGCGAAGCGGAAUGCCUGCGAGUGGAAUCGAGCAAAAAUGAUACGUCAUUUCCUGAGGAGGUCAUUCACAGAGGAGGAAUUAUGGAGCAUCAAGGAAAUAAUGAUCUGGGCAAGACUGCACGGUUACACGCCCCUUUGUUCAAGUUUUAACGUACGGUCGAUGAAACAGCAGAAAAGUUUACCUGACUCCACCAAAAGCAUUUCUACGUACACGCAGCCCAAUGCUUUUUACAAGUGGCUUGAAAUUCAUCCGAGUCAAUCGAACGACAAUUUAUUCGACUGUGACUCGCGUUACUCCAAUGAGCUGGACAUUGAGGUUGAUGUGGUAAAUACUGAUAAUACACUAGAAAACAAAAAAAGACUAAAAGAAAAGAGGGAGAGCAAGGAAUUUACAAACGCAACAAUUACAGUAUUGGAACUCGAGAAGAGAUUGGUGCCGUUUUACGAUUUUGUUUGCGAAACUGCCAGGGAAAUUGGUAUCAAGUUAAUCUCCGAAGAAAUCGUGCCCACUGUUGUACACUGCGCAGCUGGACGAAUGAUAAUGCGAAUAUCCGAAGGUGAUCGUUUUGGACGAUGUACGUGGAGCUCUUUUAAACCGCGAAGAAUUUGAUAUUUUUACAAAUCAUGGAUUAGCCUCGAAGCAUCGAUUAACAGCUGCAGAUUAAUUUAUAAAUAUAUAAAAUCUAGAAAAUUUAAUUAUGACUGGAAAAUUCAUUGAUAUUAAGAAAAUUUUUUAAAUUCAUUUAAGCAAUAUGGAUCUGCUGCGCUCCAAUACAGUUCCGAAAACGGAAACCUCGCACAUGUACAAAUUUAUAAUUUUGAAUAAAGUAUAUGAAAUUUUGUACAAAUCAGUAGGUUUUCGAUAAUGCUUAAAAUUGUUGGUAUUUGACCUCUUCUUGUCUCUGCAUGUAAUUGAGUUAACAUCAACCAUGCUUCGUCUUUUGUAUCUUCUUUCAAA